GCUUUUUCUAUUACGACAGGGACCCACGGACUGGAGAAGGCAAAGCUGCAGUCAGGGCAGGAGAAGUGAGAGAGAGGAAGAGGCGGGAGCAGAGGGACACGGAGCAGUGGAGAGGACAGAGGGAGAAACAGGCACCGAGACACAUCAGAGAUGGGUGAGUUAUAACUAAGAGAGCAGGAGGAAAGGCAGAGAAAGGAAGCGAAGGAGAGCCGUGGGCACGGGAAAGGGAAAGGAGACCAGAGACUGAGUCAGCUUCCAGAGGGCAAACACCAGGAGACGAGCUCAGGGAACAUCUCAGCAUACCAAGAAGGACCUGCUCUGUCUGAAUCUUCACCAUGAGCACAAGGAAGAGCUGCCCCCUGCCACUGGGGCAAGAAGACCAGGAGGAAAAGCAGAGCGAGAGUACUCCUGACCUGGAGCGACAGGAAUGUGAGAUGGAGCUGAGGAACAAAGCUAUUCUGCAACAGAAGAGGCGCCUCAAACAGGCCACCCAGUUUGUGCACAAGGACUCUGCUGAUCUGCUACCCCUGGAUGGCUUGACAAGGCUUGGCACCUCCAAGGAUCUGCAGCCUCAUAGUGUGGUCCAGCGGCGCCUCUUGGAAGGCAACCUGAACAAACUGCGGGGCGAGGCCAGGGGUCAGUCUGCACGGGUUCAAUCUCCGCUGGCAAAAGACCAGGAUGAAAAGAUGGAAAAGGGAGAGGACAGGAGAAAAGAGACUUCACCCCUGCUAAUACAGUGCCAGUGCCAAGGUGAGGUAUUGAAAGCGACUGUUAACACUGGGUGUCUACCAAACCUCAUCUCCAAGAAGUGUUUAAACCAGCUGGGGCUGGAAGAAGUGUCUGCCAUGGAUUGUGGAGACCUCUCUCUUCCCAUCCCCAGCGUUGUUGGCAGAGUAGAACAUAUGGAAUUGCAAUUUGGCCAGGAGACAGUGCUGUGUUCAGCACUGGUUGUAGAUGAUGAAAUGCUGGAGUUUUGCAUUGGCCUCCAGACUCUGUUGUCUCUUAAGUGUUGCAUCGACUUGGAGGAAGGCGUCCUGAGAUUUAAAGCACUGAGUCAGGAGCUGCCUUUUCUACAUGCCUCUGAAGAGCCUGGUCAGUGACCGGCUGCAUUUCCCAUACCUGGAGACUUGCUGCCACGAGAGAGAUGAGGCUCUAGGGCAGAAGACAUGCUCUUCACCUUCCUCCUGUCCAUGUCAGUUGAACACACAGAUCAACUCAGUAGGAGUCUCUUUCAUCCAGACACUGAGGAAUCUGUUGCCAACAGUUAUCUUGGAACCUCC